GAGUGGCAGCGCGCUCCGCUCCAGCACCGCUUUGUGCGCGCAGCCGCUGGCGCCUCUGCUCCCGGGUCUGCCCCCCGGGACACCCCCAGCCCCGCCCCAGUCAUGCAGCUCUACCUGCUUCUCCACUGUGGACCUUUGGGAAGCAGCCGCCCACCCCGGGGGCUCGGGCCCUGACCCUGCCAGGCAGCCGUUUGGUUCCGCCCGGGGCCCACUCGCGCCCCUGGGGCCCCGGGCUCCGAAGUUGCGGGGACCUGCGCGAAUUGGAAAGUUUGCCCGAGGGCUGCUGCAGGCUCGGAGACGGGGGACACGCUUUGCCCUCGGAGCCCGAGAGGGCCAGCGACCAAAACCUUGUACAGCUGAGCUUGACCAUGGUGCACCCAGAUUCUCCUCAGAAGUGAGACUUUCCAAAGGACCAAUGACUCUGUUCCCUGUGCCUUUUCAUUUUUUCCUACUCUGUAGCUAUGUCUCGAUCCCGCCAUGCGAGGCCGUCCAGAUUAGUCAAGAGGGAAGAUGUAAACAAAAAGAAAAACAGUCCCCUGAAGAAGACAGCCAAGCCAGCCAACAAAAAUGUGGCAUCAGUCAAGACUGUAAGCCCUGGAAAAUUAAAGCAAUUAAUUCAAGAAAGAGAUGUUAAGAAAAAAACGGAACACAAACCCCUUGUGCCGGUCAGAAGCCUUCUGACAAGAGCUGGAGCAGCACGGAUGAAUUUGGAUAGGACUGAGGUUCUUUUUCAGAACCCAGAGUCCUUAACUUGCAAUGGGUUUACAAUGGCUCUCCGAAGCACCUCUCUUAGCAGGCGACUCUCCCAGCCUCCAGUGGUCAUAACCAAAGCCAAGAAAGUUCCACCUCCUAAGAAUUUAGAAAAGCAACAUGAGUAUGAUUGUAAGGCAGUUACUGACAUGGCAGUAAAGUACUCAGAAAACAAUCCAGCCCCAGUGCAAGACCCCCUGAUCCCUCCUGACAUAGAGAAUUUAAUUGGCACACAAAAUCCAUCUUUAAUUAAAGGUGGGAGCCAAGAGCAAACUCAGUCUUGGUCCCAAAAGGCAGAGGAUCCCAAAAUAAGUAUUUCUACUCACAAUGGCCCUUCUGCAGAGAUCCUUUCUGGGUCCUUGGAAGGUAUACAUGGUGGUAAAGGACUAUUCUCUAAAGAGACAUUGAAUGAUAUCAGCGAUUCCCUUAGAAUAUUUGCUCAGGACACUCUGUGUGCUCCUUUGCUCCAAAGAGCAGCCUUCAAGGUUACCUCUGAAGGAAACCCCAGCAUUCAGUUAGAAGAUUUGGGUUCACGAGUAGAAUCUCUUAAGCUAUCCGAUUCUUACCUCGAUCCCAACAAAAGAGAGUAUGAUUGCUGCCCCACCUCCAGCUUUAAUAAGGUUAUACCUGAAUUGGACCUUAGAAACUGUUUGUCUAUUGGUGGACCCAUAUAUUCUACCUCAUUAAUGAAACUCCUCUUGGGAGGCUCAGAACAACAAACUCUUGGUGCUAAACCAGAUCAAGAGGUACUCAAAGCUACCCCAGAUAAGGAAUGUCCUGUUACUUUCCCUGUCCUAGGACAGGCCUUUAGUGCUGUCCCACAGCAAUGGAAAGUUCCUGGUGCUAACCCAGUUCAUGGAGAGGCUCUGGGUGAGACCCCAGACCCAUCAGAAGUUCCUGGUGCUCUUCCAGUCCAAGCCGAGAUCUUUGGUGCUAUCCUGGAUCAACAAAUCCUUGGUAUGGGUGCUGGUACUGCCUCAGAUCCACCUAUCUUUCCUCCUGCUCCUCUAAACCCAACUGCUACCUAUAAUGCUCUUCCAGAAUGGCCUGAGGCCCAGAGCACUGUUUCACAUGGGCUUGAGGUCCAGGGCCCUAUGCAGAUUUUGCCUUUGGGCUUAGAUCACAUUCCUCAACUAUUGACCAACUCAGAGAUAAGUUCUGUACCUCCAGUAAUGGCUCUAAGCAAUACUGAAAAUGAGAAGCAGGUUCAUAGGUGCUUUCUGCCAGCUAAUACCCAAGGGUUCACAUUAGCCCCUGAAAGAGGACUCUAUCAUGCUUCACAGGGCAUUGCUCAACUCUCCCUGAUGGGUCCCAGCAAAUCAGGAAGAGGGAGCUCACAGAUUAGCAUGGCCAGCAUGGUUGACAACAUCACAGUGGUGUCUAAGCCAGUGUCACUUGCCAGUACCUGUUCUUCCUAUACAACUUUGCUACCUACUUUGGAAAAGAAGAAACGAAAGCGAUGUGGGGUCUGUGAACCCUGCCAGCAGAAGACUAACUGUGGUGAAUGUACUUACUGCAAGAACAGAAAGAACAGCCAUCAGAUCUGUAAGAAGAGGAAAUGUGAGGAACUGAAAAAGAAACCAUCUGUCAUUGUGCCUUUGGAGGUUAUAAAGGAAAACAAGAGGCCCCAGAGGGAAAAGAAGCCCAAAGUUUUAAAGGCAGAUUUUGACAGCAAACCAGUAAAUGGCCCCAAGUCAGAAUCCAUGGAAUAUAGUAGAUGUGGUCAUGGGGAAGAACAAAGAUUGGAAUUGAACCCACAUCCUCUUGAAAAUGUAACUAAACAUGAAGAAAGUAUGACAGGUAUUGAGGUAGAGAAGUGGACACAAAACAAGAAAUUGCAUUUAACUGAUCAUGUCAAAGAAGAGUUUAAGGCAAUUGUGACAGAAGCUGAAAAAUUGAGAAACUCUGAAGAUGACAGGAAAAAAGUCCUGAUUACUGACCUCCUUCAACCUCAAAAAUUGUUUGCACAAACUGUAAGAAAUGGCAUUAAAAAUGUACAUUAUUUACCAACUGAAACAAAUAUGUCUUUUAAAAAAUUCAGUAUUGAAGAAUUUGGCAAAACACUUGAAAACAAUUCCUAUAAAUUUCUGAAAGACACUGCAAACCAUGACAAUGACAUGAGCUCCAUUGCAACGAGUACAAGCUGUGAUCAUCUCAAGGGAAGAAAUGUUUUAGUCUUCCAGAAGCCUGGCUUUAACUGCAAGUCUUUUCCAGAUCCUGCAAACUUCAACUUAAAUAAUCACACUAGUACACACAAUGAAAGUGGUCAACCAAAAUCUCUAGAAAAUAGACCAAGUAAAGAACCAAAAGAUGGAUCUCCAGUUCAAACAAGUCUUCUAUCCCUAAUGAAGGAUAGAAGAUUAACACUGGAGCAGGUGGUGGCCAUAGAAGCUCUGACUCAGCUGUCAGAAGCCCCAUCGGAAAAUUCCUCACCGUCAAAGUCAGAGAAGGAUGAAGAAACAGAACAGAGAACAGCCAGUUUGCUAAAUAGCUGUAAAGCUCUCCUCUAUUCUGUAAGAAAAGACCUCCAAGACCCAAACUUACAAGGAGAGCCACAAAGCCAUCAUCAUUGCCCAUCUUUGGAAAAGCAAAGUUCAUGCAACACAGUGGUGUUCAACGGCCAAAAUAUAAUUUCCAAGUCACACAAUAGCCCCGUCAUUAACCAAGCAUCCACAAAGACCCAGGAAUGUUCAAAAGUCACAAAUUCAGUAUCUCUUUUUAUGCCAAAUUCAAAUUCAUCUAAAAUCGACACCAUUUCCCAAGGUGGAAUUACUCUUGACAGUUGUUCCAAGAAUUUGCAACAUUUGCCACCAAGUAAAAAAGUAGGGCAUUGUAACCAGUCACUGGACAGCAGUGAAAAGUUGGGCUCAAAGAAUGAUCCAUCAUGUCAAGAUACAGUUCAUAGUAAAAUAGAAGAGGAUGUUGCAACACAGUUAACACAACUUGCAUCAAUAAUUAAAUUCAAUUAUAUAAAACAAGAGGACAAAAAAGCUGAAAGUACACCAACAAGCCUUGUUGCAUAUAAUGUACAGCAAAAAAGUAGUCAGGAGAAGGGCUCAUUACAACAGAAACCACCUUCCAGUGUGCAAAAUAACCACGGCUCAUCAUUAACAAAGCAAAAGAACACAAUCCAGAAAAAGACAAAACCUACUCCAUCAAGAGAUCGGCGAAAAAAGAAGCCUGCAGUAAUAAAUUGUCGAGAAAAUGACCAGAAAAAGCAGGAACAGUUGUCAUAUGAGUAUAGUAAGUUACAUGACAUUUGGAUAGCAUCUAAAUUUCAACGAUUUGGUCAAUUUGGUCCACAUGAGUUUCCCAUUCUGUUGGGAAAAAUUCCUCCCCUUACCAAAGUAUGGAAACCACUGACUCAAAGGAGUUCAGCAUUAGAACACAAAAAAUUUUUUCCUCCACUCACUCAGAUAAAAUUUGAGCGAUAUUAUCCUGAAUUAGCACGGGAAAAAAUGAUGAAGGUUGAACCAUUGGAUUCUCUCCCCAUAUCCCAGUUCAAAACAGAAUCCAAUGGGCAGGCAUUUACAGGAAAAGUUUAUAAUUCUCAGGUACAGUCAACAGUGAAUGUCAAUCAGAAAGCUAAUCCUUUACUCCAGCCUUCCUCUCCAACUAACCAGUGUGCUAAUACAAUGUCUGGCAAUGAUCAAACACAAUUCCAGCAGGAUGUUAAAGACCAUCUCCUGCAUCAGAGCCUGCCCACAUUGCCUGGUAUCUCUCAAGAGACCCCUUUACCAGACCCAGGACCAAUCCUCAGGAAUGUAAAUGUAGUGUGUUCAGGUGGAAUUACAGUGGUUUCUACCAAAAGUGAAGAGGAUGUCUGUUCAUCAAAUGUUGGAGCAUCAGAAUUUUCACCAGUAGACAGUGCACAGAAAAAUUUUAAUGAUUAUGCCAUGCACUUCUUUACUAAUCCUACCAAAAACCUGGUGUCUACAACAAAAGAUUCUGAACUACCGACCUGCAACUGUCUUGAUCGAGUUAUACAAAAAGACAAAGGCCCAUAUUAUACACACCUUGGGGCAGGACCAAGUGUUGCUGCUGUCAGGGAAAUCAUGGAGAAUAGGUAUGGUCAAAAAGGAAAUGCAAUAAGGAUAGAAAUAGUAGUGUAUACGGGAAAAGAAGGAAAAAGCUCUCAUGGGUGUCCAAUUGCUAAAUGGGUUUUGAGAAGAAGCAGCCAUGAAGAGAAGGUUCUUUGUCUGGUUCGGCAGCGCACAGGCCAUCGCUGCCCAACAGCUGUGAUGGUGGUGCUCAUCAUGGUGUGGGAUGGCAUUCCUCUCCCGACGGCUGACAGACUGUACACGGAGCUUACCGAAAAUCUGAAGUCGUACAACGGUCACCCCACAGACCGAAGAUGCACUCUCAAUGAAAAUCGUACCUGUACAUGCCAAGGAAUUGAUCCAGAAACUUGCGGAGCUUCAUUCUCUUUUGGCUGUUCAUGGAGUAUGUAUUUCAAUGGCUGCAAAUUUGGUAGAAGCCCAAGCCCUAGAAGAUUUAGAAUUGAUCCAAGCUCUCCUUUACAUAACUACUAUGAGAGAAUUACUAAAGGACGUAAUCCAGAAAGAAGAUAUAUGAAACCGGAACCAAUCUGUCCGGGACACGAGGCCAUGGAAAAAAACCUUGAGGAUAAUUUGCAGAGUUUGGCUACACGGUUAGCUCCAAUUUAUAAGCAGUAUGCUCCAGUUGCUUAUCAAAACCAGGUGGAAUAUGAGCAUGUUGCUCGAGAAUGUCGGCUUGGCAGCAAAGAAGGUCGUCCAUUCUCUGGGGUCACUGCUUGCCUAGACUUCUGUGCCCAUCCCCACAGGGACAUUCACAACAUGAAUAAUGGAAGCACUGUGGUUUGUACAUUAACACGAGAAGAUAACCGUUCAUUGGGUGUCAUUCCUCAAGAGGAGCAGCUGCAUGUGCUGCCUCUUUAUAAACUUUCAGAUACAGAUGAGUUUGGAUCAAAGGAAGGAAUGGAAGCUAAAGUAAAAUGUGGGGCCAUUGAGGUCCUUGCACCCCACCGCAAAAAAAGAACACGUUUUACUCAGCCAGUUCCUCGUUCUGGGAAGAAGAGAGCAGCAAUGAUGACAGAGGUUCUCGCCCAUAAGAUAAGGGCCGUAGAGAAGAAAUUCAUUUCCCGAAUCAAGAGGAAGAAUGAUUCAACCACAAACAACAGUAAGACUUCAUCGUUGCCGCUUUUAGGGAAUAAAACCGAGACUUUGCAACCUGACAUAAAAAGUGAAACUGAACCCCAUUUCAUCUUCAAAGGUUCGGACACUAAAACCUACUCACUCACCCCAUGCAUUCCUCACCCAGUCAAAGAGGCAAACUUUUCUCCAGGCUUCUCCUGGUCCCCCAAGACUGCUUCGGCCACAACAACUCCUUUUAAGACCGAUGCGUCAGUUCCAUACGGGUUUUCAGAAAGAAGUAGCAGCCCCACCUGCACAAUGCCUUCUGCAAGACACAGUGGUGCUAGUGCAGCCGCUGGGCAGUGCCCUGGAACUGCACCGCCUGGGGGAGUGGUUCCUCUUCCCUCCUUGUCUUCUCCCCUUGCCAAUUCCCUGGUUUAUUAUGAGCCCCCCACUGGUCCAUCUGAGCAGCUAACUUCGCAUCUGCCAAACCAGCAGCCCCCAUUCAUCACCUCUCCUCCUGAACUUGCUUCCUCUCUGGUGGAAGAAGAAGAGCAGCAUUCUGAAGCAGAUGAGCCUCUCUCAGACGACCCGCUCUCAGACGACCCCUUGUCACCUGCUGAGGAGAAGUUACCCCACAUCGAUGAGUAUUGGUCAGACAGUGAGCACAUCUUCUUGGAUGCCAAUAUUGGGGGGGUGGCGAUAGCACCUGCUCACGGCUCCGUUUUGAUUGAGUGCGCCCGGCGAGAGUUGCACGCUACGACCCCUGUUGAACACCCAAACCGGAAUCAUCCUACGCGCCUCUCCCUUGUCUUCUACCAGCACAAAAACCUGAAUAAGCCCCAACACGGUUUUGAACUAAACAAGAUUAAGUUUGAGGCUAAAGAAGCUAAGAAUAAGAAAACUAAGGCCUCAGAGCAGAAAGACCAGGCAGCUAAUGAGAGUCCUGAACUGUACCCUGAAGUUAAUGAAUUGAACCAAAUUCCUUCUCAUAAAGCAUUAACAUUAACCCAUGACAAUGUUGUCACCGUGUCCCCUUACGCUCUCACACAUGUUGCGGGGCCCUAUAACCAUUGGGUCUGAAGGCUUUUCUCCCCUUCUUAAUGCCUCUGCUUUGCGCAGUGUGUUUUUUCAAGGUGCUGUUAAAAAGAAGUUAUGUUGUCGUUUACUAUAGCUUCAUCUCACCCAUUUGAAGGCCGAGGUUAAAAAAAAAAAUUGGGGUGGGUAUUUCUUAACUGUGACUAUUUUGACAAUUGAUAGAAGGUGCACAUUUUAAGCAAAAAUAAAAGUUUUAUAGUUUUAAAUACAUAAAGAAAUGUUUUGGUUAGGUGUUAACCUUGAUAGAAUCACUCAGUUGGUGCUUUAAAUUAAGUCUGUUUACUAUGAAACAAGAGUCAUUUUUAGAGGAUUUUAACAGGUUAAUGUGCUAUGAUGUAAAAUCAAGAUGCAGUGUUAACUCUACACAGCUCCUGGUGCUUAACCACACUGACACAGUUAAAAAUAAGCUGAAUUAUUAUUUCAUGGUGCCAUUGUUCCAACAUCUUCCAAUCAUUGCUACAAAAUUGGCAUAUUCCUUUGAAAUAAACCAAUGAAAUCUUCUUUCUCUUAAUAUAUCUCUCCUGUAUAAAGUAAUUCAUUAUUGUUAAUAAUGGUUGGAGGUUGUUCAUAAGUUGUAAAUAUAUAUUUUAAAAGCACUUUCUAUUUUUAAAAGUAACUUGAAAUAGUAUAGUAUAAGAAUCCUAUCGUCUAUUGUUUGUGCAUAUUUGCAUACAAGAGAAAUCAUUUAUUCUUGCUGUGUAGAGUUCCAUCUUGUUAACUGCAAUAUGUAUUCUAAUCAUGUAUAUGGUUUUUUUUAAUGUGUUCUCUCAUUCAAAUAUUAGUUACCUAUAUAAAAUAGUUAGAUUGUGCAAAAUGUGUUAAUUAUCUCUAAAUUAGAAUUAGAAAGCAUAUCACCAAUAUUGAUUAAUGUUUUAUUUGGAACUUAGUAAGAGUGGUCUCUUCUGAUUUACUGAGUAACAGUGGCCCCAACUUACUUUCAUCCCAGCUUUCUUAAUAUAACUCUUGAAACGGUUUGCCAAAGGAGAGGGACAUAAUAAGAUUCAGAAGAGUCAAAUGCUUCUAAAGUCUCAAGGUGAUAAAAUACAAAAAUUAAGUAGCAAGAACCUCACCCAUCCCAAAUUGCCUUAUUUGUUCUGAAAUCCAUUCUGAUACAGAAUAAGAAUAAAAUUCCUUUAGAAAUCUUUUGAAGAAAAAUUCCCUAGCAUCGUCACCCCCCCCAACACACACAUGAACAGUAGGAGUGGUAUUAUGAAUAUGGUUUUGUCCGUUAAGAGCCAGUCUAAAGUAGUUUAUCUAAGUGUUUUAGUUUUGGGGAAGUGUAGCUCAUCUUCUCUGAUAAUUGCCUAGGUAACAGGAAAAUAAGCAUUCUUUUUAUUUUAGUCUUCCCAUUAUUUUUUUCCCAUUAAUUGUAUUGACUUACACAGAAACAAAAGGGAUUGCCCAAAUAAAAUGUUUAGAACAAGAAGAAAUUUCAAUUAAAUACUUGAUUCCUGUUAAAUGCAAAGGUGCUAUAACAUUCGAAGUGUCAGAUUCCUUGGGAGCGUGGAAAACCUAAUGGUGCUUCUCCCUUGGAAAUGCCAUAGGAAGCACACAACCGCUAACACUCAUGAUUAUGGUGCAAAAGCAAAUGGUUCUAGCAAGCUCUCUAAAGGAAAACUCAUUGUAGCUAAUACUAAAAUAAUAUAUGGUGCAAAGUAUCAGUUUCAAGCUUUUGACUAAUCCAAGUAAAGGAAUAUGAAGGGAUUGUAAAUAACAAAUGUGCAUUGAUAGACCAUCUUGUACAAGUAGAUUUCUGCUUCUUGAAUAUGUAAAGUAGGGUAAUUCAUUGACUUGUUUUAGUAUUUUGUGUGCCUUAGAUUUCUGUUUUAAAACAUGUAUAUUUUUGUGAGCCUAAGGUUUCCUAACACAUAUAAGUAUAUAAAUAAGUGACUGUUUAUUGUUUCGACUGCUUCAAUAAGAUAUUUACUAGUACUAGACUAUCAGGAAUACACCCUUGUGAUAUUUCUAGAGUUUAGGCCUUAGCUCCCACUAGAAAUGAUUUCUUCAACAGGUUUAAUGGGUAAAGUUUUGACCCUUUAUCCAUCCACCCAUCUAUCCAUUCUUCCAUUCUAUACUUAAUUGAAUGUCUCCAAAAUUUAAGUAUUAGCUUUUGUUGUUCUUUGAAUCACCACCAAUGACAUAACAAACUUGAAGAAUUAAAAUCCUAAAGGGUACUCUUUUUGAAAAAUAGAUUUUUCAAAGAAAUACAGCAAAUUUCCUUCACUACAAUCUCUUGUGAUACAUCUGCAGUAAUUCAGAUCAGGCUGUCACUAACUUUAAGUAAGUUCGCUAGCAGUCUAAACUUGAAGCACCAAUGUUAACUUAGGGGAAUGUUGGAAUUUGUGAAGUUAGUUGCAGUUUACCAAAAGAAGUCUGUGAAAAUAGCCAGUCUCAACUACAAAGUUUCCAUUACUUUAUAAUUCACACCAUCAAUGGCCUGCCUCAAGUGAUAAUCCCAUGGUGGGAAUCACAUGAGUCCUACCUUGUUGGAUUCUAUUUCAUAAAGUUUAACAGUUUACCAUCCCAUUGUCUUGUCCUGUAAAUUUUUUUUAAAUAUGCUUAUUCAAUGUUCUGCAGCAUUGUGAUUGUAUGCUGGCUACAUUGCUUUUAGAAUGCUCUUUUUCAUGAAGCAAGGAAAUAAAUUUGAAAUGACAUUUCACUUAGAAAA